UUGACACCGUGUCCCAGUGUGCAUUACGUGAAUACAGCUGAAAUGGGUGGAGAGAAAUGAGGAGGCCACACCAACGAACAGUUUAGUCAAGUAUUUUUUUGUUUUGUUUUUACCAAGACUACGGACCUUUUAUUGUUUACAUCUUUUAGCAAACGGAAAAAGAGGGAUUCGUGGCGCUAUGGACGGGGUGAUUCCAGGUGUGUACGGAUGGGGUUUGAACCCGGUCAACGCUGUCCAAACAGCAAAGCCCUUCAUCGAGAUCAUCGAGCAGCCCAAGCAGCGCGGAAUGAGGUUUCGGUACAAAUGCGAGGGCCGCUCGGCGGGCAGCAUACCAGGAGAGAAGAGCAACGACACCACCAAAACACACCCAGCCAUUAAGGUGCACAACUACAGCGGUCCCCUGCGUGUCCGCAUCUCGUUGGUGACGAAGAACACCCUGUACAAGCCUCACCCGCACGAGCUUGUGGGAAAAGACUGCAAGCACGGCUAUUACGAGGCAGACUUACAGGAGAGGCGAAUACACAGUUUUCAGAACUUGGGCAUCCAGUGUGUGAAGAAGAAGGAUGUCUUUGAAGCCAUCACCUGUCGACUGCAGACCAACAACAACCCCUUCAACAUUCCCAAGGAUAAGGUGCUGGAGGAGGAAUUUGACCUGAAUUCGGUGCGGCUCUGCUUCCAAGCAUCCAUCACGCUGCCCACGGGAGACCUCUUCCCCCUUGAUCCUGUGGUGUCGCAGCCCAUCUUUGACAACCGGGCCCCAAACACAGCCGAGCUGAAGAUCUGCAGAGUCAACUCCAACUCUGGGAGCUGCAAAGGCGGUGAUGAGAUCUUUCUGCUUUGUGACAAAGUCCAAAAAGAGGACAUUGAGGUGCGCUUCUUUCAGGACACGUGGGAGGGGAAGGGCACUUUUUCCCAAGCGGACGUUCACAGGCAGGUGGCCAUCGUGUUCCGCACACCACCGUACCGUGACGCCAACCUCACUGAGUCAGUGCGUGUCAAAAUGCAGCUCCGUCGGCCUUCAGAUCGCGAGGUCAGCGAGCCCAUAGAUUUCCAGUACCUGCCCGCUGAAAGAGAUGAAUACAGGCUGACUGAGAAAAGAAAACGCACUGGGGAUGCAUUCCAGUGUCUCAAGCUAGGACCUUUGCUGUCUACAGUGUCCAUACCACCAGAGCGACGACACAUUAGUCCAGCCAUGAGGACCGUGACAACCAAACCUUCAUCCGUGGUGCAAACUUUGCCCCCUUGUGCCAAUGUAGCCAAGCAGCAGCCAUCCUUCUCAUACAUGCAGUCGAACCAGUUGUUCCCAGGACAGCCCAAAAUCGAGGCCUCCUCUUCCUUCGUCAAAACCACCAAUCAAACUUGGAAGAUAAUGGAGAGCUUGAACCUUGGCCCACAGCCCAAAGUCACUCCAGUGGCAAUGUUCAGCAUGAGCCAAGCAACGGCCCCGCCCUCCUCCUCUAGCCAGGACUACUCCACCGUCAACCUGUCAGACCUUCAGGAAUUCUUCCCCAACAUUUCCUCGGUCAUCACCCAGGAGCCGGCGGCCUCUCAGUCAAGCGCGGCUUCCUCGCAGUCGACCAGCUCCUUCACCUUCACGGGCUCUCAGUUCCCAGCGGACGCAUCUAUUGCUGAGGACGACAUCCCACAGUUCCACAGCUUUUCAGAGGGCCAGGCUCCAGGAACCCUGGACAGCCUCAACAUGGAUGACUUUGUGGACCUUCUGAACCCGCCGCAUGAGAGCAGCAACGGCGCCGCCUGUCAGCAAACCGCAGCGACAUCCCAGAACACUUCAGACCCAGCCGGCAACCCAGGAAGCACCUGGAUGAAUUAUCCCAACAGCAUCGUCACCCUACUGCAGAACGAGAGCAUGAUGGACGUCUUAUCCAACAGUGGCGGCCAGCAGCGUCCCGCCGUGCUGGAUGACUUUGACGAGCUGAUUUCGGUGGACGAGGAUCAUCUCAUUUCUAUUUUAGCCGCGGAAACCAAGCUGGGUUUGUGUCAGGACACCGCACUUAAAACAACCGAAUACACCACUUGUGUUUUUGCCUUAUAGGAAGCAAUGCGGACAUAGAGAAGAAGCCUUGUUAAAUGCAUUACUUCCUUCAGUACACUUCAAAAAGUAUACUGUGUCCACUGUGUACUUACUUCCUGAGUGUGCCAAGUUUUUACAAUGUCCAUUCAUCCAUCCAUCCAUUUUCUACCGCUUGCCAUGCUGUCCAAAAUCGAUUACUGUUGCUGCACACUCAUAACAAUCGCAGUAUUUACCCUUUUUAAUGGUUCAGAGCAACAACUCAAGUUAGUCCCUGCCUAACGAGGGGAGUCAGUGUCUAUCAGUGCACACUCACUAUAUCCAUUAUUUGGAGUGCAACAUCCAGGUACUGACAACUCACUGCAUUUUUUCAUACUUCUGUUUAAAUACGUCUUUGUAUUGAAAAUGCUUGGUGGAAGUGUGCAAAAUUGAAUACCUCCAUCAGUAGGCUAGUCUUGUGUUAUGUGUACACAGUGUUUUUAUACUUCCUGAGAAUGCAAAUGUCUUUACUGAGGAUGUGCACUUACCAGAAAUAACAAUUGCAAUAAUUACUCACAGUUGUAAAAUGCAAUCAUUGUUCAGUGCCUCCCUCUCCACUAUUUUUGACUGGGGGGCAGGGGGGCCACAGUGGGUUAAAAAGUUUGCAAUGUCACAUUAUUAAUGGGGAAAAUGCAUGUUUAGAUAUGAUUUGCCUGAGCGGCUAGGAGACUCCGAGAGUAACAAGCAGGGUCUCCUAGGACAGAUUUUUUUAAAUAAUUAAAAAACUUUUUUUUUUUUAAACGUGGGACUUCCUGCGUGCCGGAUUUUGGACGCGGGCGAGCUGUAUCCGGCCCGUGAGCCGUAGGUAGGGAACCCCUGAUGAGACUCAUCUUGGCUUUGUUGGGUGCUGAAACUGCGCUGCAUUUUGCACUAUAGUGGAAGUGCGCAGAAUUGAGAGACAGCACAAUACAUGUCAGGUUCAUGCUGCGCUGUUCUCCGUCCACACCAAAUGAUCAAGAGUGCUUGAUGACGCAGAAGCAUAAUGUAGGGAAUCUAUGCAAUGGUCUACAUCGAAUGCUCCUCAAAUUGCUUUUGUUGAACAAAAAAUGAAGGUCUUUGUAAAUGUCACACAAUUGUUUAAUUAUUACAGCAGAAAUGACAGCAAUGCCACAAGCCCACAUCUGUUAAGUGUGGCCCGGAGCCCAUUUUGUUAAAAAUACAUUUUGCCCUUAUCGUUGAAUUGUAACAAAGGACGUUAAUCAAUACAACACUUGAUUGGUUUUAGCCUGUUUCCAAAUUGGAGAAAUGUCAUGAUGACCUGUGGCCUUCAGUGUAAACUGCGGACACCCCUGCUGUAAGCUGUCAUGCUGUAUAUUAUAUAUAAUAUGGAAUAAAAGUGGUUUGGAGCAGU